UCCAGCUGCCUAGGAAACGAGGCCGUGGGCUGGUCGUACUGACGCUUUUCCUUUGGGUCAUAGUGACCCAGCGCGGCCAGGCUUUGUUCUUUCCUCCUACGGCGUUUCGCCCUUUCACGCCUGCGGUCUGGCUCAGGAGCUGAGAUCCAUCUUGACCUCCGCUUGGUCCCGCUGAUUGGUGCGAGGUCGGCCCGUGGCCGUGGCUGCAGACCGACGGGUUGCCUUUACGCUGAGACUCAUUUUGGUGUGAUGCCAUCUGUAAUUUUGUUAUCUGCAAUGACUCUUCCCUUCGAGGACAGCCUAUUAUUUUCAAUCCUGACUUUUUUGUGGAAAAACUCCGACAUGAGAAACCUGAGGUGUUCACCGAGUUGGUGGUCAGCAAUAUCACAAGGCUCAUUGACUUACCUGGAACCGAGUUGGCUCAGCUGAUGGGAGAAGUGGACCUUAAAUUGCCUGGUGGGGCUGGCCCGGCGUCAGGAUUCUUCCGGUCUCUAAUGUCUCUCAAGCGAAAGGAAAAAGGAGUGGUAUUUGGAUCCCCAUUGACAGAGGAAGGCAUUGCCCAGAUAUACCAACUGAUUGAGUAUCUACACAAAAACUUGAGAGUAGAGGGUUUGUUUAGAGUACCAGGGAAUAGUGUCCGACAGCAGAUUUUAAGAGAUGCUCUCAAUAAUGGAACUGAUAUUGACUUGGAAUCGGGGGAGUUUCAUUCAAAUGACGUUGCUACCUUGCUGAAGAUGUUUCUGGGAGAGUUACCUGAGCCCCUGCUGACUCAUAAACAUUUCCAUGCGCACCUCAAAAUUGCUGAUUUGAUGCAGUUUGAUGAUAAAGGAAACAAGACCAAUGUACCGGAUAAGGAGCGGCAGAUUGAGGCUCUCCAGUUGCUCUUCCUCAUUCUCCCUCCACCCAAUCGUAACUUGCUGAAGUUAUUGCUUGAUCUCCUGUACCAGACAGCAAAGAAACAAGACAAGAAUAAGAUGUCUGCCUAUAACCUUGCCCUUAUGUUUGCACCCCAUGUCCUGUGGCCGAAAAAUGUCACUGCAAAUGACCUUCAAGAGAAUAUCACAAAGUUAAACAAUGGGAUGGCUUUUAUGAUUAAACACUCCCAGAAACUUUUUAAGGCUCCUGUUUAUAUUCGGGAAUGUGCCAGAUUGCACUAUUUGGGCUCCAGAACUCAAGCAUCAAAGGAUGAUCUUGAUUUGAUAGCUUCAUGUCCUACUAAGUCCUUCCAACGGGCAAAAUCUCAGAAACGGAACUGGGUAGAUUCCUGCUCUCACCAGGAGGAGACCCAGCAGCGUACGGAAGAGGCAUUGAGAGAGUUGUUCCAACAUGUUCACAAUAUGCCAGAGUCAGCGAAGAAGAAACAACUUAUUAGACAGUUUAAUAAGCAAACUGUGACCCAAACGCCAGGGCGAGAAUCUUCUCCUCGGGUACAGAAAAGAGCCCGUUCACGUUCCUUCAGUGGCCUUAUUAAGCGGAAGGUCCUGGGAAAUCAGAUGAUGUCAGAAAAGAAAAACAAGUACCCUACCCCGGAAUCUGUAGCCAUUGGUGAAUUGAAGAGAGCCAGCAAAGAAAAUAUGAACUUAUUAUUUUCUGGCUCUCCAGCUGUCACGAUGACACCAACAAGAUUGAAAUGGUCUGAGGGGAAGAAAGAGGGGAAAAAAGGAUUCCUCUGAAGGAUCCAGAGUGCUCCUGUUGUCCACCUGGAACUUUCUCUUUAGUGAGCCAGGCAUCAUUAUUGCUCACGGAGAAGCUUGGACUUGCAGCCUGCUGCGUUUUGUAUUGUGAAAGUCAACUAAUCCUAUGACCUGACUGAUACCUCUAACCCCCCCCCCCCUCCCUGGAUAAUUUCUGCAGACUCUGCUGAAUGGGUGCUGGCAUCUCUCUCUUUCUCUGUCUCUGAAAACAUUAUGGGGAAACCACUAACCAGCCAGCCAGCUCACACAGCACAGUAAAUGGGCAGAACCAGGUGGGCUCUAGUGCUCAUUCCAUGUAUUUGUUUAAGCAGAUAUUAUUUUUAAAAAUAUGAAAGUUGUGCUCAACUACCAGUGAUUUUUUUUUUUUUUUUUUUAAGUACUGUCAGCCCUGGUGGAUUGAUACUAUUUUUAACUGAUACUUGGGGCUUUUCUCUGUUUUGAUAGUAUGGGUGGUAUUUUGGUUAUUUCUUGUUUGUCUGUUGUUUGUUUUUUUAAAGCCAUUUUUUGGAUAGGUCAUCUAAAUUGUGUUUAAGACAGAUGUCUUUCCCUUUUUUUUUCACCUUAGGCUUUGGGAAAGCUCUUUAUCUCAUGAGGCCAUAUUCCUCAAUACCAUUUGUGUGCAAAGAACUACAGCUUUCCUGGAAAUACAAAAAUUAUUUUUUGGACCUGAGAUUGCAGGGUAUUUGACCUGCGUUAUUGAAAGAGGAGAAUUCAGAAUGAUAGCAUAUUUUCACAAAUGUCAGUUAUUAAACUUUGUCCCUCCUCCCUCCCUUCCCUCUCUUCCCCUUUCCUCAGUGAUGCCAAAGUAAUUGUGUGGUUGCUGAACUCAUCUUCAUUCAGUCUCCCUUUGCCUAAAACAUCUCUGGUGCCAGUACUUCUGUGCCAAAUCACUGUGACCCAAGGGAAGUCACCGGCGGCUCGAUAGAGAUUAGCUGAAAUAUCUGAAUGUACUGGAAACUCUGGAGUGUGACUAGGAUGGGGCCAGCUGGCUUUAUGUCCAGGGUUACUCCUCGUGGGUGGGGUUAUAUUGCAUCCUUCUAAGGGAUCAGGUGUGCAGGCUAGACUGUCUGCUGGGAGCAAGCUGGAGUCCUAGGGAGGAAGGGAGCAUCCCUCUCUGCAGGGCUGAGAGGAUUUGAGAGAGCACAUUCUCCUUUGGAAGCGGUUGUGGCUUAGCACCAGUGUUUGAGGAGAGUUGCCGCACCUCCCCUCUCCUUGUCAGGGUGGGCACAGGAGCCGUUUGGAGGUGGGGCUGGGGCUUUGACUGGGUUGGGGAUGUUCACGUGUGUUUGAGGUAAGCAGCGGCGUGGCGUUGAUCUGGUGUAAACACUCACUGCCUAGAGAGCACCGUGUGGUGGGUGAGCGCGUUUGGAGCGGGCCUGCUCUGUGGGGCUGUGUAGCCGCCCUCACCCUGUGCCGGAGCCGAGUCAGGCUCUGCGGGGGAGCAGCUGCCCAGCAGAGUGGGAUUUGCUGACCAUCUUUAAACUCUUGAAAAAGCUGCGUUUCUGCUGAAACGGAGGAUGACGCUGGGAGAGCACGGUUUGGUUUUGUGUCCAGCUGUCAGGCCUCUCUUCCAUACUUCCGGUUUCAUUGGCUGCUGUAACAGCUCUAGUGAAGAGAAGUAUAAAACUCGGCCUUCUGACUCGAUGGAUUGUGAACAGUAGAUGGUGAGGAGUGUAAGCCUCUUAGAAGCCCCUUUGUCUAGAGCAUUUUUAUGUCAUUCUUAAAAAUACUUGUUAGCAAAUUUAUUUGUGUAGGUUUCUAUUUGGCUUUUCCUUAUUGAGAAAAUAAGCACCAGCUACCAGUGGGUGCAGACAGAGACUGCUUUUGAUAGGACCAGACUGAAAUAGUGAUCUCCUUUAACCCGGUACUUCCUUUCUUUAUCUCUCUAAGUGGUUCAUCCCAGGGUGGCGUGGCAUUGGGUGGAGAGAGCAGAGCAGUGGCCUGAUACCUUCCUGUCAUCAGGUUUGUCCUGGGGUUCUAUUUGAGGGAGGUAGCUGAGAUUUAGGAGACUUGCUUUGGUUGAAUGGCAUUGGAUCCCAGGGUAGUGUGCCGGGGCUAGAGUAGUGAGAGAGAUGCUUGCCACAUGCAACUGCUUUUGUAUAGCUCGCCCCCUUGGGCCCUUUAUGUGUGAAUUUGGGCAUGUGUGUUUCAUUUAAGUUAUUUAUUAAAUAUACUUUCCCUUGCUUAAAGGGUGUGAUAGAUGGGUCAUUUUUAAAUAGAAGCUGUGAUCCAGUUGGAAUCCAAAUUUGAGAAAUAAACGGCAUAACUUUUUGCCUUGUAAUAUGUAAGUGUUCUAAUUCUGUGGAAUCUUAUGGAGAACUCAAAGACAAAAGCCCUUUAUCAUUUGCCACAGCAGGGUACUGUCUCCCUUUUGACUUGGUGGGUGGAUAUUUUUGAGCCAGUAUUUAACAGUUUUUUUAAUCUCUAAGACGUUUUUUUAAUCUGCUGUGUUUAUUUUUCAUGUUGGAACAGUCUCUUUGGAAAUGCCUCCUUUUAUGGCUUUGAACAUUUCAUUUCUUUCUGCGGCCAGUUGUAAUGGGUUCUGAUGUGGUGUCAGUACAGGGCAGUGCUGUGCCAGUGGGCAUAAGCGUGAAGACAGAUCACUGAGUGAGCUACGCUAGUGGUAUCAGUGAAAACCACAGACAGUGGAGUUUCUAACUUUGUACAGUGAUAGACUUUUGCCCCGGGGCCAGGGAAUCUGGAAAACUCCACUGCCACAGUGAAGGAUGAGGAGAUACUGACCGCACCUGAGCGCCAGAACAUGUUCGAGGAGCUGGCACUGAGCCCGCAGCUGGCCCUCCACCCACUCCUCACCCUGGGUAGCCUUCUUGGGAGCACCCUUGGGAAAUGGAGUAGUGGAGGGCUGUUGACUGCGGUAACCACUGGGUGAUCCAGAGGCGGCCGUUCUGUUGGCUUGUAAGGAAGCCAGCAGGUCCUGGAGUGUCAGAGCAGAGCCUUUCUCUCCUCCCGCGUAGCGGGGGUUUUGUGCAGCUUCCUUCCCAGGAGCCUCUGUUCGGAUAUGGUUUAAAUAUGCCUCCUAGGAGAACCUGUGGUCCUUGCACCUGGGCCCCGCAGUGACCAGCUGUGUGGCCCGUGCAUAACCGGGGAAGUCAUCUUUGGGAACGGACUUCCCUAGACUCUCGCUGCUUCCUUACCAUCGUACAGGGCCUCACACAAGUGCUGGGAGGUCUUUUCUAAACAGAACUCCUUUUCCCAGGGAGAGCCUCAUCCCUGUCCCCUCCGCCCCAGAGCUUUUGUACUGAAGACUGGACCUUGAUCUAAACCUGGGUACUGGCAUUUGUCAAGAUUGCUCUAGAAUUUGGGGGAAAAUUUGGGUCCGUAAAAUGCAUAAGCUUUUCAAACCAGUGGUAAUUAUAACCCAAUCUAAAACUCCCCACAGAAAAGCUAGCUUUCCUAGACAGCCAGUGCCGACCGACAUCUUUCCACUAGUGGAGAGUCAGUGGAGGGGCUAGCGAGGAGGUGAGUACAUAAUAGCCUGAGUGCUUGGGUUGCCAUGGAAACUGGAGUGUGCGAGGCCACAGCCAGGGGGGCUGAAGAGCCAUUGAGCACUCCCCCAGACGUUUGGAGACAGGCAGAGCCUGUUGGGAAAAACACUCCCGCCCGGGGUCCUUGAUAACAGGGGUCGCCCUUGGUUCUCCCUGAGCUUGUUCAACAAGAGAAACAAGGUUUCUUAACUGUUUCACCAUUUUUUGUAUUUCAUUCUUAUUUGACUUUAUAUAUCAGAUAUAUAUAUGUAACUGUAAAGAAACAAUCAUAUGCAUUGUCUUUCUUUGUUAUUCAUGUAAUAUUCUGAAAUUAAAUUUCUUUUGUUCAUAGCCA